AUGUUAAACAAUGCGAUCAUAUCUAAUGAAAAAGUAACUCAAAAUCAAGCUCUAGAAUGGUGCCAACAUUUUCUAGGCGGUAUUUGGUCAACGAUUUCCAUUGACGAAAUGAUUUUGGAAAGAGUUCCCGGUGGUUUAUCGAAUUAUCUUUAUAGUUGUUCAUUACCUACUCAUAUUGAAACGCAAAAUAGUGAACCUCGAAAGGUUUUAUUAAGGAUUUAUGGUGAGGCACAUAGGCAGCAUCGCGCAACACUACUUAUUGAUACCGUAGUAUGUACGCUGUUAUCUGAAAGAAAAUUAGGUCCACGUGUAUACGGUAUAUUUCCAGAUGGUAGACUCGAGGAAUUUGUUGAAGCUGAAUCAUUGCUUGCUUCGGAGAUUCGCGAUGAAAAUAUUUCAAGGCAAAUCGCUACUCUUCUCGGUGAACUUCAUCAGAUUGAUAUGCCAUUAGUCAAAGAACCUAUAUGGUUAUUUAAUACGAUUGAAAGAUAUGUAUUGGAAACAACAUCGACGAUGAAUAAAUUGAGAAAUAAUGAAGAUCGAAAAAUAUUUCAAGAGAUUCAAUCCAUGUGUAAUUUUACGCAAGAAUUUAAACAACUGAAAAAGUUAUUAUCUACUAUCGAUAGCCCUGUGUGUUUCACUCAUAAUGAUUUUCAACCGGGAAAUAUUCUUCGUUUGAAAUCUUCCUGUGAUAGUUUUACUAUCAUUGAUUUUGAAUAUUGUUCAUAUAAUUAUCGUGGUUUUGAUAUUGGAAAUCAUUUCUGUGAAUUUAUGUUUGAUUAUAAAUCAGCUACAGAAUGGCCAUUUUACAAAGUUGAUUAUAGCCUUUAUCCAAAUGAAAAGCAACAAAUGAAUUUUUUAACGUCGUAUGUAGACACAUUAAUUAAUAAUCCAGAUAAGUAUACAACGACUAAUGGUUCACAUUCUAAUACAGUUAAUUGUAAUCCAACUGAAUUAGCAAGACAAAUAAUGACGGAAGCAAACUAUUUUGCAUUAGCUGCACACUUCUUCUGGACUUUAUGGUCGAUUCAUAUGGCUGUAUCAACAACAAUUAAAUUUGGAUAUUUAGAAUAUGCUCGAGCACGUCUAACAGCUUAUCAUUUACAACGUGAUAUGUUAACAAUGGCAAGCGAUAAUAAACUUAUUCAAGUGCCCCCUCAAUUCACCGAAGAAUUACUUCGAUCAAAGAAAAAUCCAUUUUAUAAAUCCUAUGUAAAAUCAAUUAAUAAAAUUAUCUGA